AUGAAUAUGAAGAAAGCGCAUAGCUUCGAUCUUAUUGGCAAUCUCCCCGCAUCCUUGCUAAUGAAUGAAGACACCAAAUAUUUGGGAGGCCUAACCAUUGCUUUGGGGUCUGGCAACUCGAUGGAAGCUAGAGAGUUCCUGGAAGAUCCAACACCAUUUGACAAAGUUGAAGAAGAAUCAGAUGAUGAUGACGAGGUGGGUUUGUCAGAGGAUGAAUCGGAAGAUGAAGAGGAUGUAGAAGGUGUAUCUGAUACAUUGAUGGGAGAGGUUAAUGUUGACGUAGAAGAAGGGGAGAUUAUACCGAAAAAAGUAGACUUAACGGAGAGGGUGGGACGAAACAUCAACACCGGUGAAAUCUCAGACAGAGUGCCAUGGGAAUCAAGAUACCGGAAAAGCGAAUCAAGAGUGUCGGAAAGCUUCAUCGCCGGUGGUCAUAGGGAACACAUUUAA